UCGCUUCGCACGCGAGGGUGCUUGUCGCUUUAUGCUGCACUCAACCUCGGUUUCCCUUCGUCCGUGGAAUGGGGUAGCCAUCCGCUUCCAUCUCGAUUUCAUUUCACCACCAACCAUCCUUUUUUCUUUCAUCCGUCUCGACACCUUCGCUCUUCCUUCUCUUCUUUUUCUAUCUCUCCACUCUUCUUCUUCCUCUCUGCUAUCUCUCGGUGAAUAAAACAGUCCAGCGACCUUGUCCCACUCUCUCCUCAACCUCCAUAGUCGCACUACAAUGACCCACUCCCAGCCCAUUCGCAAGGUCCUGAUCGCAAACCGUGGAGAGAUUGCCUGCAGAGUCAUAAAGACCUGCCGCAAGCUCGGUAUCGCCACCGUUGCCGUAUACUCCGAGGCUGAUCAGAAUGCUCUGUUCGUCAGAAUGGCUGACGAGUCCGUCUUCAUCGGACCCUCGCCUUCCUCAGAGUCCUAUCUAUGCGGCGACAAGAUCCUCGAGGCAUGUCGUCUCACUGGAGCGGAUGCUAUCCACCCAGGUUACGGCUUCUUGUCUGAGAACACUGACUUUGCAAAGGCUUGUACCGAUGCUGGCAUCAACUUCAUUGGACCUCAACCCGAGUCGAUUCUUGCCAUUGGAGAUAAGAUCGCCUCCAAGAACUUGCUGGCUGCCAAGGAACCGUCGAUUCCAUUGAUUCCAGGUUACAACGGUGCGGAUCAAAGCAUUGACAAUCUGAUCCAACAGGCAAUCCAGAUCGACUUCCCCGUCCUUUUGAAGGCCUCUGCCGGAGGCGGAGGAAAGGGUAUGCGUAUCGUGCGUGAGGCCUCAGCUCUCAAAGACGAGAUCGAGAUGGCCAAAUCCGAGGCGCUGCGAUCCUUUGGAAGUGACAACCUGUUGAUCGAAAAGUACUUCUCGAACGCCCGUCACAUUGAGAUCCAGAUCAUGGGUGAUAAGCAUGGCAAUGUGUACCAUUGCUUCGAACGCGAGUGCAGUAUUCAGCGCAGACACCAAAAGGUGAUUGAAGAAACCCCUUCACCAAUGAUGGACGACAAGCUGCGCCAUGAGAUGACCACAGCUGCGGUUAAGAUCGGCAAACUGUUGCGGUACGAAGGAGCCGGAACCAUUGAAUUUAUUGUGGAUGAUGCCACCCGCAAGUUCUACUUUUUGGAGAUGAAUACUCGUCUCCAGGUCGAGCACCCUGUCACGGAGCUGGUAACCGGUCUCGAUUUGGUGGAGUUGCAGAUCUUGGUCGCCCAAGGAUUCGAUAUCUCCAAGACCCAGCUUCCCAACCUUCAGCUGAAUGGUCACUCCAUCGAGUGCCGACUUUAUGCCGAAGACCCAGAGAACGAGUUCCUGCCCUGCACCGGCAAGAUCAGACGCUGGAAGCAGUGCACCGCUGAGAGCGUUCGAUACGACAGCGGCAUCGAAACAGGCUCCGAAAUCAGCAUCUUCUACGAUCCCAUGAUCUCCAAGAUCUCCGUCUGGGCACCCACGCGUGAUCAGGCUAUCCAAAAGAUGGCUCUGGCGAUGCGUGAGACUGUCGCCUUGGGUCUGACAACGAACCGCAAGUUCUUGAUCCAGGUGCUGCAACAUCCACGGUUUCAGGCUGGAAGACUGUCGACUCGAUUCAUUGAUGAGGAGGCUAUCCAUAAGCAGAACAAUGCGCCUCAUCCAGAUGAAGAUCGUCUUGCGAUCGUGCCCAUGCUCUGGGGAUGGCAUCUGCGUGAGCAAGCUCGCUCAGAACUUCGAUAUAUUCCUAGCGGUUGGAGAUAUGUGAAGCACAAGAAGCAGCAGGAUGGUUAUGUGGGUGAGGUCGCCGAGCGGACGAUCGAGCUUCAGUACGAACACAUUGUCAAGCCCGGUGCUUGGGUUCCUCCCAAUCAGAAGCAGGCUGAGAAGAAGUUCGAGGUCCUCUAUAGGGCUGUUGUGGCAGGCGAGGAACCAGGCCCAUGGCGCACCGCCAAAGUUGGAUUGGGCAAGGUGGUUGUGGAGGAGGAUGAUCUUGGCGAGCGCAGCGGUGUCCUUCGCUGCACCAUUGAUGGGGUUACGCGCGACUAUAACAUUGCGAAUGGAUCGAUUGAGCUCCACAACACGGAGAUUUACGUGCACACCAAGGACUUUGGUGGCAAGCAAAUCCUGUUUGCACGCAAGGAUAAACUGAAGAGCGCAGCUGAGGGCGAGGACGAUGUCUUCUCGCCCUAUACGGCACCCAUGCCUUGCAAGAUUCUCAAGAUCCUGGUCCCAACUGGUACGGUCGUGAAGAAGAACCAGGCGAUCCUGACUAUGGAGUCCAUGAAGACCGAAGUCCGCCUGUAUGCGCGCCACGACGGCACAUUGAAGCUGAAUGUUGGCGAGGGCGAUAUGAUUGAGGCCGGAACGACUCUUUGCGAUAUUCAGUAAAAUGUUCAACGAUAGACACUUGAGGAGAUGGUUUGGCAUUGCAGUUAUGGUCUUAGAAAUUAGCUGAAAGGCACAAUAAACAAAGAAUUAAGUGAGAUCAAU